AUGGGCAGACCAACGACUCCACGGCCUUGGUUAAAUGACACAGACACGACGAUGCCUUCUACACCAACAUCAAGUCGCGUAAUGAGCGUCCCUCCAGCUCCAAAGAGGUCAUUGCCGAAACAACUCGGAAAUUUUUUCCAGUCCAGUGUGGGAGAUACCAUUCUUCAUACCAGUCGACCAGAGGUUGUCCAUGAAGUAUUUUCAGCUUUUGCCAUGGGCGCCUUAGAUGACAGAACCUCAAUGUCAUCGGUUUCUUUACCUACAACACCUCAACGCCCUACAGGUCAAUACAAAAAUUUAGCAUCGUAUCACCAAGAAGAACUAGAGGGCCAAAGCGUGGACUGGCCCAUUCAACCUCCCAACAAUGUGUCGGUCCAAUCACCUGUCGACUUCGUAGCGCCAGAAUCAGACUCUAUGGACGCGGGCUACAGUGACAGAGUCGUUAAUGUGGUUCAGAGACGCUAUAACGAUGUUCGUCCUUCACGAGCGUUAAGCAUAUUAGAUAAUGCAUUGACGCCAUCGGCAUCAUCAACUCUUUCGACCCCGUCAACCAUCGUUGCAACCCCCGAUGCCAAAGCGCACCCUGUUACUGGCUUUUCUAACUCUAUUCGUUCAACCGCUUUUCAACCCAGAGAUCCGAAAGAGACUGUGGUACCCAGUCCAGGACUGCCACAUCAUACACCCUCCAGUAUGUUGGAGAGCGUAGAAAAGUAUACACACAAUCCCGCACAGGUCGACAGUAAAGAAGACGAGGAGGAGAUGCGGGCACACCCUCGCACAAAAGCCUGGGCAAGUGGUGAAUAG